CUCCUGGGCCAAGACUCAGGGAGACAUUGAGACAGAGCGCUUGGUACAGGAGGAGCUGGGUCAGGGCGAAGUCCCAGGGCCCCAGGUGUGGCUCUCAGGGUCUCAGGCCCCGAAGGCGGUGUAUGGAUUGGGGAGGCCCAGCGUUGGGGAUUCCCCAUCUCCCCAGUUUCUCUUCUUCUCACAACCUGCGUCGAGUCCUUCUUCCUGGAUACUCACUACGCGGACCCAGUUCUCACUCCCAUUGGGUGUCAGGUUUCUAGAGACGCCAAUCAGCGUCGCCGCAGUCCUGGUCCUAAAGUCCCCACUCACCCACCAGGACUCAGAUUCUCCCCAGACGCCGAGGAUGGCGGUCAUGGCGCCCCGAACCCUCCUCCUGGUGCUCUCAGGGGUCCUGGCCCUGACCCAGACCCGGGCGGGCUCGCACUCCAUGAGCUAUUUCUACACCUACAUGUCCCGGCCCGGCCGCGGGGAGCCCCGCUUCGUCGCCGUGGGCUACGUGGACGACACGCAGUUCGUGCGGUUCGACAGCGACGCCGCGAGCCAGAGGAUGGAGCCGCGGGCGCCGUGGGUGGAGCAGGAGGGGCCGGAGUAUUGGGACCGGGAGACACGGAUCAUGAAGACCGAGACACAGAAUGCCCCAGUGGCCCUGCGGAACCUGCGCGGCUACUACAACCAGAGCGAGGCCGGGUCUCACACCUACCAGGUGAUGUACGGCUGCGACCUGGGGCCCGACGGGCGCCUCCUCCGCGGGUAUGAACAGUUCGCCUACGACGGCAAGGAUUACAUCGCCCUGAACGACGACCUGCGUUCCUGGACAGCCGCGGACUUGGCGGCUCAGAACACCCAGCGGAAGUGGGAGGCGGCGGGUGUGGCGGAGCAGCACAGAACCUACCUGGAGGGCGAGUGCCUGGAGUGGCUCCGCAGAUACCUGGAGAACGGGAAGGAGACGCUGCAGCGCGCGGACCCCCCCAAGACACAUGUGACCCACCACCCCGUCUCUGACUAUGAGGCCACCCUGAGGUGCUGGGCCCUGGGCUUCUACCCUGCGGAGAUCACACUGACCUGGCAGCGGGACGGGGAGGACCAAACUCAGGACACGGAGCUUGUGGAGACCAGGCCUGCAGGAGAUGGAACCUUCCAGAAGUGGGCGGCUGUGGUUGUGCCUUCUGGAAAAGAGCAUAGAUACACCUGUCAUGUGCAGCAUGAGGGUCUGCCCGAGCCCCUCACCUUGAGAUGGGAGCCGUCUUCCCAGUCCACCAUCCCCAUCGUGGGCAUCAUUGCUGGCCUGGUUCUGCUUGGAGCUGUGGUCACUGGAGCUGUGGUUGCUGUUGUGAUGUGGAGGAGGAAGAGCUCAGAUAGAAAAGGAGGGAGCUACUCUCAGGCUGCAAGCAGUGACAGUGCCCAGGGCUCUGAUGUGUCUCUCACAGCUUGUAAAGUGUGAGACAGCUGCCUUGUGUGGGACUGAGAGGCAAGAUUUGUUCACGCCUUCUCUUUGUGAGUUGAAGAACCCUGACUUUCUUUCUGCAAAGGCACCUGAAUGUGUCUAUGUUCCUGUAGGCAUAAUGUGAGGAGGUGCGGAGAACACCCCAUCCCCGUGUCCACCAUGACCCUCUUCCCCACGCUGACCUGUGUUCCCUCCUCAUUUAUCUUUCCUGUUCCAGAGAGGUGGGGCUGGGAUGUCUCUAUCUCUGUCUCAACUUCAUGGUGCACUGAGCUGUAUCUUCUUCCUUCCCUAUUACAAUUAGAAUCUGAGUAUAAAUUUACUUUUUCAAAUUCUUGCCAUGAGAGGUUAAUGAGUUAAUUAAAGGAGAAGAUUCCUGAAAUUUGAGAGACAAAAUAAAUGGAAGACAUGAGAACCUUCCAGA